GCGAUGGCCCCGUGGCCAGCACCUCCUCCGCCGCCGCCUCCGCCGCCUCCAGCCGCGCCGCCGCCUCCCGGCUCCUCUGCUAAGGGCCCGCCGGCGCGCAAGCUGCUUUUCAUGUGCACCUUGUCCCUGUCUGUCACCUACCUGUGCUACAGCCUCCUGGGCGGCUCGGGCUCCCUGCAGUUCCCCCUGGCGCUGCAGGAGCCGCCGAGCUCGCCGCCGCCCUCCGUGCCGCCGCCCGCGCCCCCGCCGGACAACGCGAGCCGCGGGGAGCCGCCCGAGGCCCCCGUGCGCCCCGCCGCCCCCGGGGCCGACGGCUGGGGACUGGCGAGCGGCGGCGGAGGCGCCCGGGACGCCUGGCCCCGGACCCCGCUGGCGCCCGGCGAGAUGAUCGCGGCGCAGAGCGCGCUGCCGGAGAGGGACGCACAGGAGUCCAGCACCCCUGAGGACGACCUGGCGGGCCGGAGGGCGGCCAACGCGAGCGCCGAGCGGGGCGGCGCUCUCAGUACCCCCGACUACGGGGAGAAGAAGCUGCCCCAGGCGCUGAUCAUCGGGGUCAAGAAGGGAGGCACCCGCGCGCUGCUGGAGGCCAUCCGAGUGCACCCGGACGUGCGGGCGGUGGGCGUGGAGCCGCACUUCUUCGACAGGAACUACGAAAAGGGGCUGGAGUGGUACAGAAAUGUGAUGCCCAAGACUCUUGAUGGGCAGAUAACCAUGGAGAAGACCCCCAGUUACUUUGUGACGAAUGAGGCUCCCAAGCGCAUUCACUCCAUGGCCAAAGACAUCAAACUGAUCGUGGUGGUGAGGAACCCCGUGACCAGGGCCAUUUCUGACUACACACAGACGCUGUCAAAGAAACCUGAGAUCCCUACCUUCGAGGUGCUGGCCUUCAAAAACCGGACCCUGGGGCUGAUCGAUGCCUCCUGGAGUGCCAUCCGGAUUGGGAUCUAUGCCCUGCACCUGGAGAACUGGCUCCAGUACUUCCCCCUCUCACAGAUUCUCUUCGUCAGCGGUGAGCGACUCAUUGUGGACCCUGCCGGGGAAAUGGCCAAAGUACAGGAUUUUCUAGGCCUGAAGCGCAUUGUGACCGAGAAGCAUUUCUAUUUCAACAAAACCAAGGGUUUCCCUUGCCUCAAAAAGCCGGAAGACAGCAGUGCCCCUCGGUGCCUAGGCAAGAGCAAAGGUCGGACUCAUCCCCGCAUAGACCCUGAUGUCAUCCACAGACUUCGGAAAUUCUACAAACCCUUCAACAUGAUGUUUUACCAAAUGACUGGCCAAGAUUUCCAGUGGGAACAGGAAGAGGGUGACAAAUGAGGCUAGAGCUGUGGUGGAAAGGCUAGUGAAUAGCAAGGAAGCUCCUUACCCGAGUCCUGAAUUCCCCAGGUUCUGCAGCUUUGGCUUUGCAGGAGUGCCAAGUAGGUCUCCUCUUUUAUGCAGUCAGGAUUGCCUCCAAAGCUGUUGGCUUGGGCAAAGGGGUAGAUCUCACAGUAUUUCCAGGGAAGGACUAGGCUUGAUGUCUCUGGUUGACCAGAUGGCCACAGUACCCACCAUUAAUUCUUCUACUAGUUAGUAGAGCCUGAAGACAGAAUAGACAUCUGUCAAUGCCAGAGACAGUGAGUGCAUGAAUGUUUGUUUGAGUGGCAAAAAAGAAAGACCUACCUUUACAGGGGCUCCUUUGUUAGUUGAGGAGCUUAGGUUCUAGACUUCUAGAACCUAAGUUCUGGCCCUGGUACCUGAUGUCUAAACUUCUGCCUUGGCUUCACUCCAGAAUGCUCUUUUUGGCUGAGUGCUCCAGGACUCCUAGGGAGCAAGGUUCUCCCCUCUAAGGCAUUUCUAGCCUUUCAUCAAAGGCCUCAUCCCAUGACCCCUGACUUCCUCCAUCCCCACUCUGUGGAAGCAGAGGCAUGCACCUAUGUUUCUCACCAAAACAGUAGCUGACACCCCUGGAAGCUGUCUUUCUAAGAACCCACUAAGGGGGUCUCUCUUUGUGACUAUCUGGAAUUAAGGAGAAGUUUUCAUACGUGUUCUGUUAGAGUCAGGUCCGCAGGGCUGCUCUGAGCGGUAUGAUUGCAGUCUGGUCCAGAGCCCUGAGAUCAGUGGAGAUACAUGGCCACAUGUAAGGAGGAAGGAAGAAACUGAGUCCUCCUGGUGGGAGAUCUCCUUUCCCAAAGACCCUUUCCCCAGGCACCGUGGUCCUGAGGCAUGCUUUUGGGGUAGACUCUGUCCCCUGUGGUCCCCAAAGAGGCAAAGACCAGUGAGUCGGUGUGUCUGUUGUGAAUCACCCCUAGUGAUACAAUGGGGAAAAGGCAAUCACCUUCUACUAUUUGUCUCACUGCCGCCCCUCAGGGUCACCUCAUGGUUCGUUUUCUCUACUCAGAGAUGGCAUCUAAUGGGACAGUGGCAAGAGGGCUGAUUCCACUUGUCCCAUUCAGUUUAAGGGGGGUGGGAGAGGUCAAGGGCUGUCUUCAGACACCCCUAUCAAGGGCUGCCAAAUAAUGUGUCCCUUUCCAUUAGUUUGAGUCAAUUAAAAUACAGCAUUGACAUAAAGCACUUGUCCACAGAUCUCCAAAACCAGAAAUUGUUCUAGUAAAAUUGGAAAUUUGUAUGAGUGGGGGGAGUUAAGUCUGUUCAGCUGUUAUUAAAUUGUCAUUUCUCCAGCUAAAUGAAAACUGUGUUGUUAAAAAGCUUAAUGCAACCUGAUUAAUGGCUUUCGAUGGUAUGUUUGUGUCUGUUGCUUCCAUCCUCACCCCCACCGUGGAAUGCUGGGAGCAUCUUUGCUCUGGGAUGACGAGAAAGAACCAGGUUUGAGAGAUUUAGAGAAUUCUGUCUGCAAGGCAGGAUGAUUCUUGCCACAGGACAAAGAAAGUGGGCCCUGAAAAGAGUGCAGUUUACCCUGUCUCAGUCAGUCCUGGCAAGGAAUUGACUGAUAGGCCAGAUUCAGAAAUAAUUUUUUCUAGAUAAGAAAAACAGUUGAAAGCAGCAGAUAUAAUUUCAAUACCAAAGCAAAGGAAGACAUAGAUCAAAAUAUGUGCACACUGCAUUGGGAGGAAGAGAAUGCAUGCUUGUUCCAAAGGAUGUGCUGCAGGCCUGGCCAGUGUGGGGCCCUGUAUUCUGAGCAGAGCAAGGAGUGAGUGAGCUUCAGCCCUGGCUACCCCUCUGACUCAGCUCUGGAUUUUCUUCAGGUCACAGCUUCCUGAGCACCAGUUCAGACCCACUGAAUCAGAAAUUUUAGAGUCCGGCUUAGGCAUCAAGCCUUUCAAAAAAUAAUUUUAGGGAAGCUAGCACUGAGAACAACUGGAGGAAAGUCUUCCCUCCAUGUUUCUUUGCCCCUCUUCUUCCCUCUCAUCUUCCUUUUAGGCUUUUGUGGGAGUUAUUUCACAGGCAGAUGGCCACCAGGGUGUUAUGGCUACCUUGCUGGAAUGCUUCCUUUUGGAGUUCAGUAGCAACUAGGUGAGUCUAUAAUUUAGACAGAGAGCGCAAUAUCUGAUUGGAGAAAAGUUUUAAGAAUGUUAAUGUAUUGGCUAAGAAUGACCAUUACUCCAGCCCACCCUCCACUCUUCCUUCAUAGGGAAGCACACAUCCAUCUAGCCCUUCAGUCACACUUAGCUCUCUGCCUCCCUUUUCCUGUCUCCCUGGCCUCAUGAGUCCAAAGUAUCAAUACCUUAAGUAGUCUUUCCAAAGAAAGCUGCCAAGUAUGUGUCCUCACAUAAACAGGACAAGCAAACCCAUUCUUUGAUAUGAUUAACCAGUGGUGAAGAAGCCAUUUGCGCCUUGGAAAUAAGAGUAAGAAAACCCUUCCCUCCUAAAUCAAUCACACAUCCUUGGCUAGAAACAUAGACUACAAUUCACUGGAGGAAAAAAGAGACACCUAACCCUUUGGAUCGUGAGGACUUUCAUUUUUAAGUUGUAUUUGGCAAACUGGUUGAAAGCUCAUGGUUCCAAAAUGAAAGGCAAACUUGAAAUGUUUAAGGGCUCUUUUCAUCCGUGUUUACUCUAGCCUGAUCCUUGUGACUCAGAGUGAGCCACCAAGCCAUGUUCCCUUUGUCACUGCGGAGACCAGAUGAAGGAAUUAUCUGGUAUCCAGGAAAGCUAAGUCAACUUUCUGAAAUAGUCAGGUUGAUAAUACAUCUGCUCCAGUUAAAUGUGAGAAUGGCAACUCAUGGGAGAUUGAAUUUUUUAUUUGAUUUCAAUUAACAAAGCAUAAAUUAUGUUUAAUUUUCUAUUCUCCUCCCUUCCCUCAAAUGGAUGAUUCAUGGCUCUGGAAAGGAAGUAGCAUGUGGUUCAGAGAUGAGAAAAGGAGAAUUCAUCAUUCCAAAAGGUGCAGUUGUCAUUGCUCCCUUUUUUUUUUUUUUUUUUUUUGGAAAUAUCACUGAAAACCUUGACAUCACAAAUUGGAACUACCAGCUCACAGCACAACAGCUAUAAUGACAAAAUAAUUCGGCAGUCCCAUUUAUCUGUGCAUGGAAACCAUGACUUCAGAGUAGUGAAGGUGCAGCAGUUCAUGGGAUUCCCUGCAACCUGCAGAAGAACCUCAGAUCAAAUUUUAAGUCCAGUAGAGUGUGACCUGCUCAGGCCCAUAGAAUUGGGAGUCCCAGUCAGAGCUUCUCUGACACCUCACUGAACUCCUUGGCUCUUUCAGUUUCUUCACUUCUUCACUUUCCCUCCCAUUUGUUCACCCCAUCAUUUUCCAAAGAAAACCUCUCCCUUGCCCCUCUACCAUCAGAAGAGAGCUAACUGGGUUUAAUCUAGUUGUGUCUGUGUCUUGGGCAAGUAGAAUUACCAUUCUGAACCUGUUUCAUAUCUAUGAGUGUCUUUAAUCCCUACCUGGUGAAUCAUCCAGAGUUUCUAUGAUGGUCAAAAUGAGUUCCUAGAUGGAAAGCAUUUGGAAGGAAUAAAGUGCUCCAUCAACACACGUGAUGGUGAGGAUGGCGAUGACAAUGGUGCCAGUGAUACUGAUGCUGCAGCACUGAUGGUAAUGAAGACGGUGAUGAUGAUGAUAAUCGUGAAGAAGAUAAGGAGGAGGAGGAGAAAGAGGAGGGUCAUAAUGCUCCUUCCAGAACAAUAUGCCUUGAUAGAGUUCCAAGAGGGUAUCUUCAGGAGAUUCUGCUGUCUUACACAGAUUGAAUAAUUAUGAGAGUGCUAAAAGAAAAAGAAACACUAUUGAUUUGCAAAAAGCCCAGACUAGGAACCAUACUCUUUGUAAUGACAAUGAAUUUUACAUAUUCAAAUGCAAAGCCUUCUUUCUCCCAGUGCAUUCACAGACAAUUUCUCCUCUCCCUGCCCUAUCCUUUACACUCAAGGACCUUUCAGAUAUAACAAGGCUCAAGGAUUCAAGCACACGCACACAGGGCCAACCAGAUUCUCCUGAGAUGGAAGUGAGUAUGAAGUUCGCAAGGUCCCAGGCUAAGAAUUCAGUGCCUAAAGUUCUCACCCUUAAAAUUUUACACUGAAGAUGGCCCGGGGGUUUAGCUCAGCGGUUCUGGUGCCUGCCUUGCAAGUGAAAGGUCCCAAGUUCAAUCUCCGGUACCAAAAAAAUAAAAAAAAUUUUACACUGAAGACAAAGAUGUCUAAGAACCAAAGCCAUGCCCAGAGAGGGGCAGCUCCAGCGUUUCUGUGAGUAUGUUGAGGUUGAGGGUUUUUCUCAUGUUCUGCUUGAAACAAAUGAAGGUGAGAAGAGAUGAGCUCAUGUUUUCCAGUUUCCUAUAGGAAUGAGAAAUUUCCAUUUUCAGGCAUAAGAGAUGCCUGAGUCCCUUUCAAAAGUUGUGAAAUAUCUUACAUGACGAGGUAAUAAGAGUAUGUCCUAUGUCAUCAGAGUAGGAAAUGAAGGUUAAAAAAAGUAUGAGUCUCUAGUGUCCCUGAAUAUGGAAAAACAACAGAGUUCUUAAAGAUAACCAUGCAGUCUUGUAUUCCACACAUAUCCACAGAGUGACCAAGUGGCAAUUGGAAGAGACAUAGGAAAUAGGAGAGACCUGAGCUGCCUUGGCAGGACUCUCAGCUCAGUGGGGAAGGAGGGCACGGAAGUGCAUACAUCAAAGGAUGCUCAGAAUUAUGAGAGGGAUGCACAGAAAACACAUGAAACCAUGGGGGAGAACCAACCAGGGGGAAACACUAACUCUACAAAUGCAUUCAGCAGCAUUUUCCUCAUACCAAAUCAUGAAAGAAUUAUUCUCCUGAGUUAGGCUACAGCACAAAGUGGUAGUGCUGCCGGAUGGUGGACCCCGAGGGAAUUCUUCCCAGGUUCUUAGUGUCCUGAACAAAGAAUUGGACAAGACACGCAGAAAAGGUAGUGGGGAUGUGCAUUUACUGAAGGUGAAAAAGAAGCACUCUCUACAGAAAGCUGCCCAGUAAACAGACUCAUUGCUCCUCAAGGAUAAGGGAAAGGGGUCUUUUGUGUGUGAAAUUCCUGGAUUGGCUUUUCUCUCCUGCACAUAAGGCACUGGGAUGGCUGUCCUAUCAAAAAUUCACUUGUUCUGGCACCAGAUUUAAAUUGCUCUAUCUGAAGACUCAGGCUUUAUCUGUAUGUAAAUGAAGAAUUGAAAAUACCACUUUUCUCAUUGGUUCUGUGUCCACUGCUGAGAGAGUCACCCUGGAUCCUAUGUUCUGAGCAUGUGCCCUAGGCUUCCAUGACUUUGACAAACUCUGCCCAGUUGUUUCACUGCCUUCUGUUCCAGCCCUGAGGUAGUGUCCUAACGCAGUGGACACUAAAAUAAAUGAGAAAUAUAAAGUAUAAGACCUAGUAAUUAAGAAGGUCACUAAGCAUAGAUUUGGGAUAAAUAGAGUAGUAUGCAUGCAGGACAUUAUUAUCAAGCAAAAUCUUUCCCCAGAAGGAAAAAUCCUGCAUCUUUAAGUGAACAUAUUCAGUUCCUUGAUGAAGAACAUAAAUCUUUCCAGAGACCCUCUAUCUCCUAGUUUCCCUCACAUUGCCUGGAGCCGAGGUCAAAUGAUGGUCCUCUUUCUUUACUGUUCUGCUACUUGUUCACUUAUAUAUCAAGAAGGAACCACUCCAAAUUAAUUCUGAGUGUUAGUUGCAGAGAAUCCUGACCAGUUGGGAAAUCAUUCAUGAGGCCACCAGUAGGCUAGAGCCUGAACAGCAUUUCCAGUUUUGGAAUCAGAAAGAUCUCCAUCACAGCUUCCUCCUUUUCUGAGUAGACCCAGUAACACCUUGUAAUUGCAAUAAUUGUGGGGCCUGCUUAUACUGGAUGAGCAACUUGGGGCUCAUUUGGGCUGACACCUCUCACUCUAGAGAGUCUCAUGCAUCACAAAACCCUUCUCUACCCUCUUUUCCAAGAGAAAACCAAGAUUUACAUUCAAACUGAGACCCAGAGUGAGACAGACUUCUCUCAUAAACUACACGGCCCCAGAAAAAUGCUUCCUAAAGUUCCCGGAAGGAUCCUUCCCAGGAUAGCUUAUUUCCCUGAUUAAUUUCUCUCUUUACUCUUGCAUUCCAGCGCUCACAUAUCAUACGGUCACUACCAAGGGAUCUUUCCAAGGCAGGCUACUCUGAUUUUUUGUAAAAAGGAACAGGCAAAUCAGAGGAUCUUGAGGGUACACUGAGGAUUAGGAAAAGCUGCUGCAGGAAUCCAGGUGCAGGCCAACUAAAGAGAGCUGGGAAAUUUGGUGUGAAGAACUAGAGUUCAUGAUUUAUGAAAUUAUUUUACAGAUGCAAAAGUAGGAAGUAUGUUGUAUUACCUAAGGUUACAUAGACGAGCCAAACUUCCAGCUUGAAUUGACUGACUCCUCUCCUGCUACACAUCCUACUACCUGAUCAUCAGAGGUCCAGGAGGGAAAAUGAUAUUUAAAAGCAGCUUUGCCUGGCAGAUUGAUCUGCAAGAUAGAUAUUUCUGGAAUGCAAGGAGGGUGGCUUUUUCAGGAGGCAGGGGUUGAGUGCAUGUCCAGUUCUGAAUAGGCUCCACACUUGCCACCCUGAAGCAUUCCCCACCACUUCCUAUGGUCCACCCAAAGUCAAAGGUCACUGAGGGCAUGUUAACUGUGCUGGAACAUGCCUGUGGGCCAGGCUACACCUGUGUGUAUGUUUGGCCAGUACGCAUACCUUUCAACUGCCCUUUGCCAAUGCUACAUCCAGUCUGGACUUGGAGCAGUCACUUUCAAGAAGAUGGUGUCCCAGAAAGCCAUUAGCAACCAUUGUUACCUAGAAUCAACCAAAUUAGACCCAAGAAGGAAGAUGUAGGUAGUGAUAGUUGUUAACCAGACCAAGAAGCUAUGAAACCUCUGCCACUUAUUCCAUUCUUUCAUUUUAUUUGCAAGCAUUUAUGCAUAAAUCCUAUGCUAGGUGUUAGAUAAAGGCUGUAACCAAGAAGCCCCAUUAACUGUCUUCAUGAAGGUUUUACAGGAGGAAGAUGCCAUGUUUGCGAGAAAGCACAAGGGUCAUCCAGCCACUCAGCAAGAGUGGAUGGGAUAGUUCCCAGGGGAUGGAGGGGACUGAAGCUUGACUAUUACAGGAUUGUGAGCUGCAGAAGAUAUUACAUAUAGUGUCUCCUUCCUUUACAUUUCAAUUUGAGAGAAGAGUUGAUGUUAUGUUUUUGAAAUUUUCUCACUAAUCUUGUUUAUUUUUUGUUUUGGGGUUUGUUUUGCAUGGUUUUGUACCUGUAGGAAACAAAAUAUCCUGGGAAAAAAGGAAAUAAAAUGAAUUGAAAUUUCAGGAUCUGAGUGGGUCCAGGUUGGGAAAAUAAUACACGGUAGUUCUUAAAAGGCUGAGAAUGUGUCAUUUCCGUUCCUGCUUGUCUCUACAGUGGUCUACAGAAGCAAAGACAGGUUGAGGCCCAGCAGCUCUGGGCUGGAUGGAAGCACAUGGUCUUGUUCCUCCCCAAAUCCAGAGCCUAGUCCCCUUGGCAGAUCUGCCCCUGCCACAUCUGUGCUCAGAACCUGGCUGUUCCUGUGUCUCUGUAACAAAGGUUAUUUCCCUUUAAAUAUCUUUAGGGGGCUGAGCUUUUGUUACCAGUGUGUUUGUUAGAUCAUGGGAACAGCCUUGAGAAAAUCAAAAACUACAAUAAAUGCUGAAAAGAAAAAACAAGUGGUGUGUUCUCUUUCUGAUAACUCAUGGAAAAAGUGAUAUUUAGCAAGCACUUUGAUUCCUUCUAUCCCAAGAGAGAGUGGGAAGCGUUCGAGAUGAUGGCUGCAGAUUCUACUGUGAUUUUGCCCAUCAAAGGCCACACUUUCUUUGGAGCAAGGGAAAGACUCUCUUCUGUCAUUUCAGGAAGAAAAUAUUUCUUGUGUUUUAUCCCAGCAAAAGUGCCUAUAAAGAGUAGCAGGGGAAAGGACCUGCUUCUGGGAAUGCCUGGGGAAAAGGUUCUGGAAAUAAAGGCUUUCAUUACCUGGGCACAAACAAGAAAUAAAACAGGAACUAUUUAUGCCAUUGGCUACCGGCAGAAGACUGAGUCUAAAUCACAGACUCACAGACCAGCCCCCUCGUGGGAUGAUUCCCCCGGUCCAUUUAUUCUGCUCUACUGUUUACAGCAGAGAAUGUAGAUUCAGAUCUCCAUAAAUUCCUAGCUCCUAACCUCAGCCAGUCCACUUCUGCUAUUCAUUCCUUUUAUUGGUCCCUGGGCAGCAGUUUGUCCCAGAGCCCUUGUAUUUGUUUCAGAGACUUACCUCCUUUUUCAAGCUUUCUGUUUCUAGCCACAUCCCCCUUUCCUUGUUCUCUUGACCAGGGGAGUUGGUUUCAUGCAGAAAGUCCAGGUUGUCCCUCUCUGCUUCUCACUGAUGUGGCUUCCCUUGUCCAUUAGAUGGAAACAGUAAUGGUGCCAGCUGGAGACACUGUAAAGACUCAGAAGGUGAUGCAUAUAAGGAGCUUAAAAGGGAAACUGGCAAA